AUGGCUUCAAACGAGGCCGCCUCCGUCUCCAACUCAACACCAGCGCUCUACGAGUCCGGUCUAACGAUCCCCUCCGAUUCGGAGAUCUAUUCAGCCAACCAUGACGCCACUUCAACCUCAUCAGACUCGCCUUUGAUCCUCUACAGGCCCUCGCCGACGCUCUGGAGCAUCGUCCGUGGUGCUGCAAUCAACCUGGUUCUUCCGUUUGUGAAUGGCUUGAUGCUUGGGUUCGGUGAACUAUUUGCACAUGAGGCAGCGUUUAGGCUGGGGUGGUCUGGGACAAAAAUCUUUCCCACGUAUCGGCGGUCUAGGCCUGCAGCCGCGGGGCUCGGAUUAUAG